UGUGCUGGAGGGGAAGAGUGCCAUCCUCCUGGGGAUGAGCCAGUGGAACUCCAACGACCUGGUGGAGCAGAUCGAGACACUGGGACACAUGGACCAAUCACAAGAGAGCCUGUAUCGCCUGGGGCGUCUUCGCUGUGUCCCUCAAAGCAGCAUUGACGGGUUAGAGGACAUGGAGAAGACCCAGUGUAAGACCCACGUGUUGCUGCUGGUGAUGCAUGGUGGGAACAUCCUGGAUACGGCAGGGGGAGACCCUGGCACCAAGGCUGGAGAUGCCACCACGCUGUCCUCCGUGCUGGAGAAGGUGGCUCGGGCCCACUUCCAGUCCGCCGCAGAACAUGUGAUGAUCAAGCUAGUGGCCUGCCCGGCUGUGUGCGCCGAGGCCUUCUCCCUCGUCUCCAAUCUGAACCCGUACAGCUAUGACGAGAGCUGUGUGUCCAGCAGCGUUGACCACCUGCCCCUGGCAGCCCUCCCGCUCCUCGCCAUCGCAGCGCCACACUAUCAGGACGCCGUGGCAACUCUCAUCACCCGCGCCAACCAGGUCUAUCACAGCUUCCUCGCGUCCCAGGACGGACAUGGCUUCACUGGCCAGGUGUGUGUGAUGGGCGACUGUGUGGGAGGUGUGCUGUGCUUCGACGCCCUGUGUUUCAGCAGCAGCAGUAGUAGCAGCCAAAGGCAGCACAGCAGCCACAGCAGCAGCAGGAACAACAGCACUGAGAGCCUCAAGGAUAACCCUGAGGACAGCCCCUGUCACAGCCCCAGCCUGGGCCUCAGCUCCAGUAAGAGGCUGAGUAAGAGCAACAUUGAUAUCUCGGCCCUGCCCAGCGAUGGACACAGCCAGGGCAGACAGCCCUUCAGCAGGAAACAGAGCGACUCGUAUGAUGGAGACACAUCUACUGGACAACACAGCUUCUUCAGCAGUCUGAUGCAGGAGGGGGUGGACCUGCGUCCCGGCAGCAGCAGUAGUCUGAUUUUGAACCCAGGGAGGUUUGACUUUGAGGUCUCUGAAUGUUUCCUGCUGGGCUGUCCACUGGGCCUGGUGCUGGCCAUGAGACGCACCGUACUGCCUGCUGUCCAGGUGAGCCAACUCCGUCCUGCCUGCACCCAGAUCUUCAACCUGUUCUACCCCUCGGACCCCUCUGCCUCCAGACUAGAGCCCCUGCUGGAGCCCCUCUUCCACAAGCUGCCCCCCUUGCCCAUGCCGCGCUACCAGCGCUACCCCUUGGGGGACGGACGCUGCACACUCAUAGCUGACGGUAUCCAGAGCCACCCAGAGGUGUUCCUGGAGGCAGAGCCCAGUCCUGGUGCCCCGACCGUGCCCCCCUCCCCUGAAACAGACAGCAGUGGGAGGGGAGGAGGAGGAGGAGGGCGCAGGGCCAGUGUGACCAGCGUGGACAGUGAGACGUCCUUCUGCUCUGUGGGCCGGAUGAGUAGCACCAUCACCAACAUUUCCAGUAGAUGGUGGGGCUCUAAGAGGUUGGACUAUGCUCUGUACUGUCCAGACGUGUUGACCUCCUUCCCCACCGUGGCACUGCCUCAUCUCUUCCAUGCCUCCUACUGGGAGUCCACUGAUGUAGCUGCGUUUGUGCUCCGACAGCUCAUGCGAUGCGACAGUGUGAAGACCCAGGAAGCUGACAGCAAGGACUCAGCCCCCUUCUCUCCAUCUAGCCCACGGGAGAAGUGGCUUCGCAGGAGGACGCCUGUCAAACUGAGGAACGUGACUGGCAACCACAGGGUGAAUGAUGUCAUCGCCACAGAGGAGGGACCACAGACUCUGGUUGGUCGGUUCAUGUACGGCCCCCUGGACAUGGUGACUCUGACUGGAGAGAAGGUGGACAUUCUCCUGAUGACCCAGCCCCAGUCCGGCCGCUGGGUCCACUUUGACACAGAGGUGACCACCAGUAGUGGUAGAGUGGUCUACACCAUCCCCAAGAGCAAGAAGCUGGCCACCGGGGUCUACCCUAUCAAAAUGGUGGUCAAGGGAGAUCAGACGAGUGCGGAGGCCUACCUGACGGUGCUGCCCAGGGGGAUGGAGUGUGUGGUGUUCAGCAUCGAUGGCUCCUUCGCUGCUAGCGUCUCCAUCAUGGGCAGCGACCCUAAAGUCCGCCCCGGAGCUGUGGACGUCGUCAGACACUGGCAGGACCUGGGCUAUCUUAUCAUCUACAUCACAGGGAGGCCAGACAUGCAGAAGCAGCGCGUGGUGUCAUGGCUGUCCCAACACAACUUCCCCCAGGGCAUGAUCUUCUUCUCUGAGGGCUUGGUCCACGACCCACUGAGACAGAAAACCAUCUUCCUCAGGAACCUAGUGCAGGAGUGUCACAUUAAGAUCAACUCAGCCUAUGGCUCCAUGAAGGACAUCUCCGUGUACAACAUGCUGGGUCUGAGUCCUUCCCAGAUUUAUAUUGUGGGCAGGCCUUCCAAGAAGUACCAGAAUCAAUGCCAGUUCCUAAGUGAUGGCUAUGCAGUGCAUCUCUCCUCACUGCAGUUUGGCCACCGGGCCAGACCAAAGAAGACCCCCUCAGUCCGCAUGGUCCUGAAGAAAGGCUCCUUCGGCCUCUCUGCCAAGCCUGACUUCCUGUGUAAACGCACCCACCUGAGGAGGACCAUGUCUGUCCAGCACCCUGACCCUCCCUGCACACCUAACCCCAAGCCUGAGCGGGCCCAGAGCCAACCAGAGUCUGACCAGGACCCUGGGGGAGGAGGAGGGAGUGGCGGCCAUGGUGUCUGGGGGCGGGCCUCCAUGCACCGUGGAGACACCACACCCUGACGGACAGAGAGAGAUGGAGGGAGGAUGGAAGAGGAGGAGGACAGGGGUCUCAGUGUCAAGUGUCGUCACCUAUAUUGGAUCUUCUGCUGGUAUCAGUUGUGUUAACCUCCUGCUUGGCUGCUUGGCCCUCUACACUUCUUCAACAGCAGGCCUUCUCAACUCCCAGGACUCAGUAGAUUAUGUCUAAUAUUCCUCAAGCUUUCGCCUAAUGCUUGAAACAGCCAUGGAUUAAUCGUAAUGCUGUCUCUCAAACUCAAAUUAUGUCCAAUGUGGCAAAAGUUUUUUCAGUGGCAGUGCUAAUGAAACAAUGUGUUAUCUUUUGUCAAGCAGAGAGAGAGAGAGACACUUUGGUCAUUUGUAUAAUGGUGCAGAAGCACUUGCUGCAGAACAGGAGAUCAACACACAGACGCAACCACAGUCGUAUGCCAGAAGACUCCCUCUCGUCCCCCACUGGAAAUAGUAACAGAGAAGCUCCUGUUGAAACCUAUGGAGGAAUGUUCUAGCCCAAGCAAUACACCAUCAGGAGCUGCUCCAGACAGUGUGUUCAUUGACCUGCGGUGUUGACAGGUGGCAGAGCUACACUGACUGACUCCUGCAAUUAUCCUCUAUGUAAAUAGGACAGACAUCUUGUCCCUCUCAAUGGUCUGUGUCCCCAGGAGCGCUGUGGGGCCUCUGGCUGCUUCACGCUGGGGACAUUAACCUUAUGUUCCUCAGCCUGGCUGACCUGAACUAACCCCACUAAAGCCUCAGCCCUAUAGCCAUCCAUACAUCUCUCCCUCUCUCAUUCAGUCAGUCAGUGAGGCAGAACAUGGCUUCAGACAGCAGCCUGGUAGGGGGUCCAUGGCCACUGGUUGCUCUGACUUGCACUAUCUAAGUACUACAGUAUACUGUGGUGCUUGGAGGGCUGUAUUUCUCAAUCCUAAAGCUUGCGUUGUAUCUCAGCACACUCGCUGCAGACUGUGACAAUGCCUGUGGAAUGCUGUUGCUCCUGCUGGCUCAGAUACAAUAGCAGGAUUUGCUUACUGUUGUGAUCUUAUAUCUGACCCCAGAUGUUGAACUACAUGUUUUACUCCUUCUCUGUCGAGUUUCUGGGCUUGUAUGGAUGGGCUGAGUAUGAUAUGCUUUGUAUAGCUGUUUGAGGGAAUGCUUGUACUGAUUUGACCUAAAUUGUUUACAGGUUUGUGAUGAGAUAGACACAGACAUCAGAGUAGUCAUGACAACCUCCCAUGAGGAUUGAUGAAACAAAUGAUUUGAUAUUGUUAUGGUCAAAAGUCUAAGACAUGGAACUGACAAUUGGAAGAGAAUAAGUCCUAUUAAUGUUAUAUCUUGCAAUAGAUCCUAACUUUCCUUUCAGGUGAAAUAACAUCAUUCAGAAUGCAAUAGCUAGCAUCCAUUUUAGGAAAGCUACAUCUUGAACUGUGAGGGUCAUUGGGACUAAUGAAGGGGUAUGUCUAUUGAUAUGAGAUACCAUGUCACCUUAUCAUACAUUGUACUAUGGUGGGUUAGGAAAAGAUCUCACCACUCUGUGCAACACACAUAUUUUUCUAUGAUGAAAUACUGUGUACAGAAAUAUUUUAAAAGUGUGUUUUUUAAACUUUGUUGUUUAACGUGACUGAUAGUUACUUUUGCCUUAAUAUGUAUUUUGUUGUUGUGUAGAAUUAUGAAAAUGACAUUAUUAACCUUAUUGCUUGACCAAAGUAUGAGUUUGACAUUCAUGAGAAAGUACAUUGUAUCUACUUGAUAUUUUGUCUUGUAUACAUUUUAAGUAUAUUCUAGAAUGGAGUCAUGCAUCAUGCAUGCACCGGGAGUGUGUGUGUGUAUGUGCUUAUGUGUAAAUGUCUGUAUAUUCAAGUAUUAAGUUCCUGUAUAGUCAAGUAUUUAUGGUGUAAAUACUUGGAGCUCCAACAUGCUCCUGAACAUGUAAGUAAAGACCAUGUAUUCUGGAAGGAAAAGUCGAAGGUUGUUCAGUGUUGCCUGUUGUUAAAAGCAGGAGUAGUGUGUUGUCAUAUGGUUCAGAUUCAAGAUGAGUGUCUCACCAAGGAUUAUACUGGCAAGUUGUUUAUAACUGUCAAGAAAGAGCAAGAGCUUUAGAGUUACCUCAGGGUUUAGUUUCAAACCCAUUGACUGGAGAAGAAUCCUCUCUGUUGGUUGAAAUCAGAAGCUUAGAGAAAGAGAGAGAGAGAGAGAGAGAGAGAGAGAGAGUUAGUUAUUUGCUUUCCUCUUUUAUUGAACCACCUAGAGUAACACACCUUUGGGCCAGUAUCUAAGCUUACUAAACUAAUGACAGAACAGUAGCUAUAUUUAAAACAUGUGAAUGUAAAACAAAAAGUCCCAGUAUCUCCAUGUCAAUAACAUACCAGCAACAAUGUCCUGGUCUGGGUGAAUACUGUUGAAAGGAUGAUAUACAGUUUGACUUGUGAUUUGUAUCUUGAUCAUGGCAAUGUCUAACUGAUAAUUCCUGUCAAUAUAAUGUGUUGUACACUGUAGGAUAAUCACUGUAUUUUCAGCAACACUACCAUAGGUGUUGUACAGUAAGACAUUUACAGUGAUUCCAAUUCCUAUAACAUGUGGUGGGAAGGGCAAAAAAAAAUGCCAUUAAAUAUCUUACAUAAUCUAUGUAAUUGAAGUGAUAUUUGUUUAUUUAUUGUCAUGCUAUUUUAUCUUGAUGUAAACUAUAUGGUCAGAGUUGCACUGCUGCAGAAAUCCUAUUGAGCAUUUUGUACAGAUUUAAUGUAGUGUAAACAUUUGUUUAUAUGAUAUGGUUUCCUGUAUUUGUGUUAUUGGACUUCAACCAUCUCUCACUAUCCUGUCAGUAAUAAAAGAAAUAGAGCACAGGCAGAUGCUCAAUUUGGUUUUAAAACUCCA